CGCGCAGGCGCAGGGCGCAGUAACCGCCGCGUCGCGGAGGGCGCAGCGGCCGGCCAGCCUGUCCCCGGCUCUCGCAGGCGUCGCCGGCCCGGGGGCCGCAGCGCGGGAGCGGACGCGGGCCCGGCGGCCCGGGCUGCGGGCGGCGGCAUGUCGGUGGUGGGCAUCGACCUGGGCUUCCUCAACUGCUACAUCGCGGUGGCGCGCAGCGGCGGCAUCGAGACCAUCGCCAACGAGUACAGCGACAGGUGCACCCCGGCCUGUAUCUCUCUGGGGUCCAGGACACGAGCCAUCGGGAAUGCAGCAAAGAGCCAGAUAGUCACGAACGUACGGAAUACCCUCCAUGGCUUCAAGAAGCUUCACGGGCGCUCCUUCGACGACCCCAUCGUGCAGACAGAGAGGGUCCGGCUCCCCUACGAGCUGCAGCGCAUGCCAAACGGCAGCGCGGGGGUGAAGGUGCGGUACCUGGAGGAAGAGCGGCCGUUUGCCAUCGAGCAGGUCACCGGGAUGCUGCUGGCCAAGCUGAAGGAGACGUCGGAGAACGCCCUGAAGAAGCCGGUGGCCGACUGCGUGAUCUCGAUUCCGAGCUUCUUCACGGACGCAGAGAGGAGGUCGGUGAUGGCUGCCGCCCAGGUGGCUGGUCUGAACUGCCUGCGGCUGAUGAACGAGACCACAGCAGUGGCACUGGCCUACGGGAUCUACAAGCAGGACCUUCCGUCGCUGGAGGAGAAGCCGCGGAACGUCAUCUUUGUCGACAUGGGGCACUCUGCCUACCAGGUCUCCGUCUGUGCGUUCAACAAAGGGAAACUCAAAGUCCUGGCCACCACCUUCGACCCCUACUUGGGCGGCAGGAACUUCGACGAGGCUUUAGUGGACCACUUCUGUGACGAGUUCAAGGCCAGGUACAAGCUCAGCGUGAGGGAGAACUCGCGGGCGCUGCUGCGCCUGUACCAGGAGUGCGAGAAGCUGAAGAAGCUGAUGAGCGCCAACGCCUCGGACCUGCCGCUCAACAUCGAGUGCUUCAUGAACGACCUCGACGUGUCCAGCAAGAUGAACAGGGCUCAGUUCGAGCAGCUGUGCGCCUCCCUCCUGGCCAGAGUCGAGCCGCCCCUGAAGGCGGUGCUGGAGCAGGCCAGCCUGCAGCGGGAGGACGUCAACAGCAUCGAGAUCGUGGGGGGCGCCACGCGGAUCCCCGCCGUCAAGGAGCGCAUCGCCAGGUUCUUCGGGAAGGACGUGAGCACCACCCUGAACGCCGACGAGGCCGUGGCCAGAGGCUGCGCCCUGCAGUGCGCCAUCCUCUCGCCCGCCUUCAAGGUGCGCGAGUUCUCCAUCACCGACCUCGUGCCCUACUCCAUCACGCUGCGCUGGAAGACCUCUUCCGAAGACGGGGCCGGGGAGUGCGAGGUGUUCAACAAGAACCACCCGGCCCCGUUCUCGAAGGUCAUCACUUUCCACAAGAAGGAGCCGUUCGAGCUGGAGGCCCUGUACACGCACCUGCACGAGGUGCCCUACCCGGACCCCAGGAUCGGGAGCUUCACUAUUCAGAAUGUCUUUCCACAGUCUGACGGCGACAGCUCCAAAGUGAAGGUCAAGGUGCGCGUCAACAUCCACGGCGUCUUCAGCGUGGCCAGCGCGUCCGUGGUCGAGAAGCAGAUUGUGGAAGGGGACCACAGCGACAUCGCCAUGGACACGGAGAGCGCCUGCAAGGGCGACAGGGAGGACGCGGAUAAGAUGCAGGUGGAGCAGGAGGACGGAACGCAGCCGAGGGGCCACGCGGAGCACACGCCAGAGGAGGAUGCGGCCCACGCGGGCGCCCCUGGGAAGGCGGCCUCGUCAGACAAGCAGGAGCGCGGGGCCCCGACGGCCAAGAAGGGGAAGGCGAAGAGCAUCGACCUGCCCAUCCAGAGCAGCCUGUGCGGGCAGCUGGGCCAGGACCUGCUCAACAGCUACAUCGAGAACGAGGGCAAGAUGAUCAUGCAAGAUAAGCUGGAGAAGGAGAGAAACGACGCCAAGAACGCCGUGGAGGAAUACGUGUAUGACUUCAGGGAUAAGCUGGGCACCACGUACGAGCCGUUCGUCACUCCUGAGGAUAUAAAUAAGCUGUCUGCUGUGUUAGAAGACACGGAAAAUUGGCUUUACGAAGAGGGGGAGGACCAGCCUAAACAAGUGUAUGUGGACAAGCUUCAGGAGCUGAAGAAACACGGGCAGCCCGUCGCGGCGCGGCACGCGGAGCACGAGGAGAGGCCCCGGGCGCUGAACGACCUGGGCAAGAAGAUCCAGCUGGCCAUGAAAGUGCUGGAGAUGCACAGGAGCAAGGAUGACAGAUACGAUCACCUGGAUCCCGCCGAGGUGGAAAAGGUCGAGAAGUACAUCGGCGAAGCCAUGGCGUGGCUGAACAGUAAGAUGAACGCGCAGAACAAGCUGAGCCUCACGCAGGACCCCGUGGUGAGAGUCUCGGAGAUAGUCGCCAAGUCCAAGGAGCUGGAUGAUUUCUGUAACCCCAUCCUCUACAAACCCAAACCGAAAGUGGAACUUGCCGAGGACAAGCCCAAAGGUCAUGGAGAGCACAACGGGCCGACGGAUGGGCAGAGCGGGGCCGAGGGCCGAGCGGAGCCCGCGAGAGACGGCGCCCAGCACGGCAAGGGCCCGGGCGAGAUGGAGGUGGACUAGCCCCGCCCCAGCCCCGACCACCCGCCGCCUUAGUUCGUGGAGUGGUUCUGAAAAGCGUUUUC